CUGAACAGUGAAACACCAGAAAUGGCUCAUUCAUCUUCCGGUUUUAAUGCGCGCGAUCCCGCUUCCAAUGUGCUUCUGGAGUAUUCGAGCAAACACCAAGACAACAAUGAAAGCAUCACCACCAAUGGCGGCGUGCCAGUGGGUCGAAAAGAAGCCAUGCUAACAGUGGGUUAUUCCGGGCCUACGUUGCUCCAGGACGUUGUUCUCAUCGAUGAACUUUCCCACUUCAGCAGGGAAAGAAUUCCUGAACGGGUGGUUCAUGCCAAAGGGGCGGCGGCUUUCGGGACCUUCCAGGUGACUCAUGAUAUCACUGCGUAUUCAGCUGCGUGCGUUUUUAAGAAUAUCGGCGACGAAACGCCGAUAAUAGUCAGGUUCUCUCAGGUGGCAGGCGAGCGUGGAUACCCGGAUACUUAUCGCGACUUGAGGGGAUUUGCCAUUAAAUUCUACACAGACGAUGGCAUUUGGGACCUGGUGGGGAAUAAUAGUCCUAUCUUCUUUGUGAAUGAUGCCAUCAAUUUUCCCAUGUUCAUGCACGCCUUGAAGAGAAAUCCUGUGACCAAUAUUAGGCCAGACUAUGACGCCUUUUGGGACUUUGUCUCCCUCAGACCUGAAAGCACCCAUCAAACCUUGCAGUUGUUUACCGAUCGAGGGAUUCCGGCGAGUCACCGGACAAUGCACGGUUAUGGAGCCAACACGUACUCGCUCAUUAAUUCUGAAGGAGAGUUCUUUUACUGCAAGUUUCACUUUAAAAGUGAUCAAGGAAUUUCCAACUUAUGGCAAAGCGAAGCGGACCGACUGGCUGGACUUGAUCCUGAUUACUAUUCCCGCGACUUGUACAAUGCCAUUCACAAUAAGAACUAUCCUUCGUGGUCAUUUUAUAUACAGGUGAUGACCCCGGAGCAAGCGGUUAAGAACCCUUACGAUCCCUUUGAUAAUUCAAAAGUUUGGCUACAUGCAGACUAUCCCUUAAUUCCCGUGGGACGAAUUGUUCUGAACAAGAAUCCGACCAACUAUUUUGCUGAAGUGGAACAGCUGGCGUUCGACGUAUCGCACAUCAUCCCUGGAAUUAACUUUUCGCCGGACCGAAUGCUUCAAGGCAGAAUUUUCAACUACGGGGACACUCAUCGGUAUCGUUUGGGCAUCAACAACACUCAGUUGCCAGUUAACUCACCAUUCAAGCUGCACAAUUACAAUCGUGAUGGUCGCUCGACAAUACUCAGCCAGGGAGGCGGGCCCAAUUACUUUCCGAAUAGCUUCAAUGGCCCGAGGAAUGAUAAAAGAGCCAGAGCUUUGGCUCCGAGGAUUCCUCUCAAUGGAGUGGCCGAUAGGACCGAUAACGGCUUGGUUGAUAACUAUUCCCAGGCACGACUUUUAUGGACAAGAGUGAUUAACGACGACGAAAGAGAGCGAACAAUCGAAAACAUGCUAAUUUGGCUGAGACAGACAAACUGCGUGAUAGCUGAAAGGGCCAUUGAUAACUUUGCCAAAGUCGAUGAAGACCUGGGCAAGCGAUUGAGGGCCGGCAUAAGAAACACGUCUGGGUGUCCACCUCAUGUUACACUGUGAAAACUGAUUGGAAUUUUGCAAGCACAUUAUAUAACAGCAUGGUUUAAA